GUGGGCGGGGCUUCUAGCGUCUCGGGCUACGGGUUUUCUAUGAGAUUUUUUUUUUCAAGAAAGUCUGAUAAAACAAAACAAAGUUGAUUAAAUAAGAGAAGAAGCCCCGCCUCCCGUCUCCGCCUCCCGACUCCGCCUCCGCCUCCGACAUCACCUUCACUACAGGGGAGGAGGAGAGUCCCGCACACACAGCGCGUCGCGGUCAGUGGAGCUCCAUCACGGUCCAGCAUGGAGCAGUCAGAGGAUCAGAGCAGCUCAGGUUCGUCCAGCAGCAGCAGCGGUGCUACAAGCUCCGGGGGAAACACUCGACCUGCACAGAUCUCUCAGAUGUCUCUGUAUGAGAGACAAGCUGUACAGGCUCUGCAGGCUCUACAGCGACAGCCGAACGCAGCUCAGUAUUUCCAGCAGCUGAUGCUUCAACAGCAGAUUAACAGUGCUCAGCUUCACAACCUCGCCGCCGUGCAGCAGGCCACUCUUGCUGCCAGUCGACAGUCCAGUUCUCCAAACACCAGCGUGUCUGCAGUGAGCACCGCACAGUGUACAGGUAAUUUAAGCAGCACUUCAGGGGGCGGGACCAUGACCAACCCCCGCCCAGUGGGCCCUGCAACAUCUGUGACAUCAUCUGCUCUUAGCCAAUCAGUGUUGCUGGGUGGGAACUCAGCAGGUCAGGGACAGAUGUACCUGAGAGUGAAUCGCUCACUAAGGGCUCCUCAGCUCAUCUUCAUGCCUGGCGGCACGGCAACAGCCGCUGUGGCAACGGUUGCCCAGCAACAGCAGCCUCAGCAACAACAGCAGCAGCAACAGGAAGUCCCGCCCACAACUUCCAGUUACCAGUCCGAUAGUGACCAGGUGCAGAAUCUCGCCCUGCGCUGUGCUUCUGCCCCCCGUGUGACCGCCGUUAAGACUGAAUAUCCUGACAGGAAGGACCCGAGUUCCUUCUCUCUUGGCCCACAGUCUCAGCAGCCGCAGCAACAGCAGUUUUCAUCGUCAGCUCAGCAGAUCAGCAGCAAUAAACUUCCCACUCCUCCUUCCUCCACCUCUUCCUCGCUCUCUUCCUCUUCUUCUUCCUCUUCUCCCUCUCUCCCUCUCUCCCAGCUCCUUCUCUCUCCAUCUCGACUUGCACCUGCUGCCACAGUCACCCACAUCCUGGUCCCGAGCUCCAACGUCCCCACAUCCUCUCUGGGUUUCCCCAAACCCAAUGUGGCGGCCCAGACACUGGUGGUGCAGCCACUUCAGCAGCAGCAGCAGAAUGGAGGGGACAAAAUGGCAGGCCCCGUCCCCAUACAACCAAAAACAGCCCAAAGCGGUCGCCUUCCCUCACAGCUGCCCCCUCGUCAGCCUCCACCUAUCCUCCCGGCUCCUCCCACUUCCCACCCCCCCCACGUACCGGUCCAGUUGCUCGGUUCCAGGCAGGGUGCACUGGGAACCUCCCAGGCUGUAGCGGUCCCACAGACCCGGACCUGCUACUCCCAGCAGGACGGCUCCGUUCACAACCCCAACCACAGCUCCACCUCUAAUGCAGUCACCAUGGUAACCACUAUGGAGACAGGCAGUGCUGGCUCUGGCCUCAAAGUGACCAAUCAGAACACAGAACCCAGUCAGAUCAGCUCUUCUGCUGAGAUUCAACCUACAGAUGAAGAUCACAGCGGCACCGUAGCGCCACCUGCUGGAGAGACUGUGUUCGAACAAAAUGGAACCUCACAGGGGAAGCCUGCCAUCAGCUCCUUGAAGAGAAAAUCAGAAUCAGAUGUUGCAGGGGAGAUGACCUCACAAACCGCUGCCCAGAACUGUCCACCAGUCCCAGACUCCGCCCCUCCACUCUCUCCUGCUCCCUCAUUGGACACUGCUCCUGACAUAGCGUUCUCCACUCCACCAACCCUGUCACUGUCCCUUCCUCACCCUCGAGCUCCUCUCCCUCAGGCUGUGGUCAAACCGCAGGUCCUCACUCACCUUAUCGAAGGCUUCGUCAUUCAGGAAGGAGCUGAGCCAUUUCCUGUGACCGGUCCAAUAAAGGAGCGGGCUGAGGGUCUUCCUGUGCCUCUCUCCAUGCAGCCAGAAAACACCACCCCCUCUGUACUGAAGUGUGAGUUCUGUGAGAGUUUUGCUCCUGCCAGUCAGUUCCGUGGAACCAAACGCUUCUGCUCCAAAACCUGUGCCAAGAGGUACAACGUGAGCUGCAGUCAUCAUUUCCGCACCAGUCGAGGCCGCAGCAGUGGACCCGUGUACGAUGAGAUGUCCAGACGCAGGGGUCCUCACAGGAGCAGCUCAGAGAUCGCCUGUGCUAAAAUCGCGGGCAGACACCUGCCUGUAAAGUGUCGCUCCGAGUCCAGUCGUUCAGAGGAUGUCUCUAGCUGUGAAGGUGAAGAAGAAGAAGAGGAAGAAGACUAUCUCUCUCCAGGCUCCUCCUUCUCCUGCUCUCGUCCCGCCCACUGCGGCCCUCAACUGGAUGAGUCGGUGCAAGGUAGCCUUCCGGUGGACGGAGACCAUUUCCUGUCUGCUAGCCCCGCCCACUGGAGUGUGGAGGAAGUGUGUCGCUUCAUUUCUUCUUUGCAAGGCUGUGAGGAUCUAGCUGGUCACUUCCUGUCUCAGGAGAUUGAUGGCCAGGCGCUGCUGUUGCUGAAGGAGGAGCAUCUGAUGAGUACCAUGAACAUUAAACUAGGCCCCGCCCUCAAGAUCUGUGCCUCUAUCAACAGCCUGAGGGAGUGACCAGGGGCAUGUGGAGGGGGUGGGAAGGGCGUGUCAGUUGGGGGGGUAUCACAGGCCUGGUGGACAGGGUUCUAGUGGAAGGACAAUAAUUUAGCAUUUCAGUGAAUCAGACCUGAAUAACAGGGACUCGCGGGUCUGAGUGCACGGCCAUCACUGGUCAUCUGAAUGGAACACCACUACUGAUCAUGCAGUCACACUGACCCCUGCAUUCAGGACCAAAGUUCAGAUCAGAACCCAGGUCAGUGUCACUGACCGGAGUCAAGCACAAAUCCAGAGAACUACAGCUGAGUGAGUUAGCUACUAGAGAUUAGCAAUGUGGCUAAAAGUUUAUGGUUAAAAUAAAAACACUGGUUCUUCAGUACGCAGCCUGGACAGCACCGAGUGUAACGUUUCUGAAACUGAAAAAGUGAGAGAAAAGGCCAAAACACUGACCACAGCAUGGACAUUAGCACAUCAAGCCACUGUUAAUGCGCAGCUUCCUGUUUAAACUCUUUACAUCAUUUCCUUAAAUGGUCCAGGACUCCUGUUCUAUCGCUGUUCUGAGUUAGCGUGUUAGCUAAAGUGAUCCAAACAACAUGGGUCAGAAGUCCAGUGGUGGCUAGAGCACUCAGACUGAAGCACCCUAGGGAGUGCGCAGUGCAGUGAGGCAGCAGACCGAGGCUGUGAGUCUGAUCUGUGUUUUUCUAUCAUGCUGAAGGACAGCCACGUCACCGGUCAGUAUUAACAAGUCAUGUGUUGAUGAUGAAGGCAGACAGGAAGUCAUGUGACUUUCCAACAGCCAAUCACAGAGCAUAACACGGGCAACUUUAUUUUUUUCUGCAGUAGAUUAUUGUAGGAGUUUUUCUUCUUUUUUCUUUAUAAUACUCAACAAAAACCAUCACUUUCUUUUCUACUUGUUUUUUGUUUAGUAUUAGUGUCAUGACCUUUGACCCCUCAGUUCCUGUUAGAGGAAGAGCAGCUGAGGUAGUGUUUAUUACUCCACUGUCUGAGGAAAUAAAGUGUUACAGUGAAAAUA